UAGUCUACCAUAGCAAUUCAAGGCAAGUAUUGCUUUUGACAGUCUCAAAGCAAAGCAGAGUAUUUAACAAAAAAGGAACUGUAGUGCAGCAUGAGGCUGAUGGUGUUGCAGGGAGAUAUGAAACCUGAAAAAAAGAGUGUAUCCCUGGGAUAACAACAAUAUUGUUCAUUGAUUACUGAUCAGAAAGUAGUCAAAAAAGCAAUAAUGUAGUGAUCAGAUGAAAGCAAAACUAGACUGUUUUUUUUUUUCUUUCUUUUUUCUGAUAUUAACAAGUACAUUGUGGAGUUCCAAAUAAAGCUAGCUUUCCAUGUGAGUGAUAAAAGGAAAAAGAAAUCUACCAUUCUUUUCUCUCUCUUUUUUUUUUUAAAUAAAGGGAAAACACUGUUGUUUACAUAGUACUAUUUGCACACACAAAAAGCAUUUAGGUUGUCUUCAACAAAAAGAAGAUUUUUAUUGUAUUAUGUUAUCAACAAAAACAUUUCAUCGUCUGCCCAACAACAUAGCUGAGCGUGUGGUAGACACUCCUAUGGAAUCUCUAAGUAAAAAGCCUAGUGCUUCCGAGACUACCUCAUGUGUCCUUUCUAUACCAGAAGCUUCAAAUGAAGUCAUCAAAGAUGGAGAACAAGAAGCAGCAAAACCCAGUCUCCAACUAGAUCUAAAGCUAACCACAAGUGAGUGUGACGAUAUUGGUGGGUUCAAUAAAGAACUCAACCUUAUUGAUUCCUUCAACGCAGCAGGUUCAUCCGACAGUACAGCACCAGAACCAGAAACUCCUCAAGCUACAGAUGGUGAGCAACGAGUUUUCUCCUGCACCUAUUGCCAAAGGAAAUUCUACAGUUCACAAGCUCUUGGAGGCCACCAAAAUGCCCACAAAAGAGAGAGGACUUUGGUGAAAAGAGGGCAAAGGAUGGGAUGGGGAGGACCUCAGGCUACAGCUUUCGGCCAUCCUUACUUUUACCACAACCACCACUCUAGCUUGGCUUCUCUUCCGCUGCACGGCUCGUAUAAUAGAUCUCUGGGGAUUCAGGUGCAUUCAAUGAUCCAUAAACCUUCUUCUCAUAUUUCAUCAACUGGUUUCGGAAAUGCGUAUGGACACCAUAGUUGGUCUAGGCCUCCUAUAGACCAACAACCGGCUAUAGGGAAAUUAUCAAUGGAGAACCACUAUGCAACAGGAGCAGGACCAUCGGGUCGAGCAAAUGUCGGUAAAUUUAGCAUAACGAGGAUGAUGAUGGGUUCUCCAGCUGAUGAAGUGACGAGUAAUUAUUGGUGGUCUGCUGGUGCUAGUAUGAAGCCUAAGAAGGAAGAGAUGCAAAAGGUUGAUCUAUCCCUCAAGCUUUAAUUCAGUAUUAUUUUUAAGAGAAUAUAUAUAUAUAUAUUUAUUUAUAUAUUCCAGUUAAGAUUUUAGUUUACUCUUAAUUUCUUUUGUAGCAAUUAUCAUGUAUAUUUUUAUAAUAGAGAAGUUUUUUUAGCCUUGUUUUUUUUCCCUAGUUGGAACUGUUAAUCAUUUUCUGCAAA